AUGGACAUGCGUGCCAGAUCCACGAAAGAAAAGAUUCAGACUCCGAGUGUGAUCGAUAAGUUGAACCGGGACCUAUCAAAUCUUGACUUUGUCAACCGCCAUGAAAAGUAUCCUCUGCUCAGUUUUGGUUCUUGGGAUUUGAAACUAGACGAACUCUCCAAUUCGGUGAGGAUGUAUCAUAAUAUAUAUGACAGAAAUGCGAGUCUUGCUCUGCACAUGGACGCAAGAAUUUGGGCCGUGGAAUUCGACAGAAGGCUCCAGGAAAUCUUCUCAAAUGGUUAUCCCGAGCUGAUUGAUGGAGAAAGAAGCGGAAUAGAGGUGGAACAAGAAGCCAAAUUCUCUUUGAGGGAGUUUAUUCGGUGGGCCCAGUCUGCUGACUGUAGAUCCGACGGCAAUGGCACAUACCAGCUGAGCUUCAAAGGCCGCCUUUGGCGUCUGACUGAAAAGGAGUAUCAGACGAUCAAAGCAUAUCCUCCUGGGCAUCUUACCCCGUGGGAUGGAGAUGUGGACGAAGAAAUAGAUGCAGCUUCCACUUUACACGCCGAGUUAUCAUUACUGCGAGAUCACAUGGACCAAGUCCAAAUUGAGUUGGAUCAUCUGAUACGGAGGAAUUCUUAUCGAAAUCAGAUGUGCACUGCUUACUCGAAGGAUCGAUGCACACACGAAACCUCGUCUGUUAACUCUAUAAUAAUGGACGACGGUGGGGAUAUCCCAGCCGGUGAAAUUCAUAGAACGAGCCCAACAGACCAGUGA